AUCACAGGGCCCUGUCGACGAACAGCUACAGAUCAAACAAGCCCAUCUUAAGAUUGAGGAAUAAAUUUGGUGCUCUGGGCCUUCUUGGACAGCUGGGCUUAGAAGGAGGACCACCAAUGCAGAUGCAGGUACAAGCCGCCUCCUCCUCUGUGUUUUUGUCAGCAGCGAAGCCCGUCUGGGUGUCGGCAUCGGCUCCACCGGUGGUUCGCGUGAAUUCCCUGUACACCGCUAAACCUUCUUCUCUCAACAGCGAUUCUAACUCCAUGGCUACGGCCGCACCUAAGUGGGCGCAGAAGACGAUUACCCUACCCCCACAGCGCCGAGGCUGCCAUCUUAUUACUCCCAAGAUUUUGAAUGAAAUUGGUUCAGACUUAUCAGAAUUCAAGUGCGGCCUUGCACAUCUCUUCUUACACCACACAAGUGCCUCUCUUACUAUCAACGAGAAUUAUGACUCUGAUGUUCGAGAUGACACCGAGACAUUCCUCAAUAAGAUAGUUCCUGAGGGGAGGUCUGCACCUUGGAAGCAUACUUUGGAAGGUCCAGAUGACAUGCCAGCGCACAUCAAAUCAUCAAUGUUUGGAUGUGCACUUACGAUUCCAAUCACAAAUGGAAAGCUUAAUAUGGGGACCUGGCAGGGAAUAUGGCUGUGUGAACACCGUGACCACCCUACUGCCCGCAAAGUUGUGGUUACUCUUAAUGGAAUUUAAGGCUUUAAUAUUUGAAGUUGAAGACAUCUUGAUCCUGAUAUGUUGGUAAACCAAGGUGGUUUUAUGACGAUGUAAUGUCUUUACGUGUAGCUGUUAGUGAGACAAAACGGCAUGGUUCUCUGUUACUUAAUUGGGACUAGGCGUUUUAUAACUGUAACAACUUGCAGAUCAUGGCAUGAAAUUAUCGUUAUUUGUGUCAAAUUUUGGAUUAAUGAAUUUAGAAGGAAACAUUCCAAUA